UGCACCAUGAUGUCGUCGCCGCGGAGUAUUGCUCAAGACUCCUCCUCCAACUCCAACAUGUCCAGUCCGGGCGUAAGAUUGUCGUCUGAAUCGUUCUGCUCAAGCCCAAAUUCUUGAGCCAAGAUUCGAGAAAAAAGGGCCGGACGAGGAAGUGACUUGUUCAUGCUUCUUCGGGGGGGGGCCAUCCAUCCUCAUGAGCUGCAGCAGCUAAUAACACACCCGCCCGCACCACACAAGUUCCGGGUUGCUACCUCCUCCGCCUUAUCCAUGACAACGAGGAAAAAACUUACCAGCGGUACCAGGAUGGCAAGUGAAAACAAGGUGGAGAAUGUCCAGAAGGCAGACCUGGAAAUGGUGAAUCCCCUGCAGCUGGGAAUCAGGAGCUCGGCAUGGAAGGUCUCCCAGAAUCAUGACCAGAAAGGCCCUUGUGAUAUUUGGAGCAAACUGGAACGACAGAGCAAAAGGCUUCCAAAAAUCAGAGGAGAAGAGAAACCUGCACUCCAAAUAGAAGAUAUUGCUAGGCUGGAAGAUUUCAUGAUAUGUGACAAAAAAUCUAUGCAAGAGGGUGAAAAUCCACGCUUCCUACAAAACUCACAACCUGCUGUUUGUGAAAAGACCUGCACAGAAGAGAGGCCCUUUAGAUGCGGUGACUGUGGGAAAAGAUUUCGGGACAGUUCCCAUCUGAUCAGGCAUCAGAUGAUUCACACGGGAGAGAAACCUUAUGACUGUCCAGACUGCUGGAAGAGGUUUGUCACCCGGACCGCCCUGGAUAAACAUCGGAGACUCCACACAGGAGAGAAACCAUAUAAAUGCCCUGACUGUGGGAAAAGUUUCAGUCAGAACUCCCAUCUGCUCCUCCACAGGAUGGUCCACUCAGGGGAGAAGCCCUGUGCCUGUGUCGAUUGUGGGAAAAGCUUUGUGACCACCUCGGCCCUCAUCAAACACCAGAGAAUCCACAUGGGAGAGAAGCCCUUUCGGUGCACACAGUGUGGGAAGAGCUUCCGUCAGAAUUCACACUUGGUGAUCCACGAAAGAAUCCACUCGGGAGAGAAGCCCUGCCACUGCCCCCAGUGUGGAAAAUGCUUUGGAGACACUUCGGCCCUCCUCAAACACCAGAGAACUCACUCAGGCGAGAAGCCCUAUGCAUGCCCGCACUGCGAGAGGGGCUUUGGCCAGAAUUCGCACCUCCUGCAGCACCUGAAAACACACACAGGAGAGAAGAGCUAUCGGUGCACCGAGUGUGACAAAAGUUUCGGCCAAAAGUCUCAACUGAUUGUUCACCAGCGAGUCCAUUCAGGGGAGAAGCCCUAUAAAUGCUCUGACUGUGGGAGGUGUUUCAGCCGCAGCUUCAAUCUGAUUUCGCACAAGAGAACUCACACUGGGGAAAAGCCUUUCAAAUGCCCUGAUUGUGGGAAAUGUUUCAGUAGGAGCUCAAACGUUCUUGUGCACCAGAGAAUCCACAAUGGGGAGAGGCCCUUCAAGUGCCCUUGCUGUGGGAAGAACUUCCGUCGCAACUCUCACCUGAUGGUGCACCAGAGACUCCACCACUGACACCUUCUGUGUGUGUGUGCAUGUGCACGCACAAUUUCUCAUCUAUGUGUGUAUUCUGUUCUGGAGAGCAUAAGCCUUCUUCCAACAGCUGGUCACUCACUUAGAUGGCUUUAGAAGAGGAUUAGACACAUUCAUGGAGGACAUUGGCCCAUGACUGCUAGUCAUGAAGGUUAAAUCCUACCUCUAGGUUCAGAGGCAGGCUGCCUCUUGAGUACCUGUUGCAGGGGAGCAGUGGUGGGAGAGGGAGCCAUGCCCUUGUCUCCUGCUUCUGGGCUUCCCAGGGGCAUCUGGUGGGCCACUGUGGGGAGCAGAAUGCCAGGCUAGAUAGGCGUUGGGCCUGAUCCAGCAGGUCUCCUCCUAUGUUCUUGUAGACAUAGUCUUGGGUAUUGGAAGUCUCAGGGUGAUAUCUUAGGCACUCUUGAAUUCAAUGAAUAUGAACAGAGAACUCAUGAAGAGGGCAGCUGUAUUUUUGUAUGCAUGUUUCUUUAAGCAGGAGUCCAAUUUGGCUAUUGUGCGUGCGUGCGUGCGCGCGCACGCACGCACACACACACACACACUUUCCCCCUCUCUGCCAUGUGAAUCAUAUUUCAUCAGGGACCUCUAGGUCUAUGGGCAAUAGUGCAAACAGAACAUUAAUGAACAGACCCCUGCAGGGUUCCCUCUAAGGCAUGCGCACAUGCACACGCCCACAAGUUUUUUAAUGUCCGCUCAGUUCAUUUUAGAUCCCACUCAGGUUGAAUCAGGAAGGCCAACCUCUGAAUGCACGUGCGGACACACUGCCUUGAUAUUGCCGCCCAGAACAAAAUUCAUUCCGCACACAGAUGAAAAACAUUAGAGAGAACACUGCACUCCAGAACCUAAAAGCCCUGGAGGAGGAAGCUUGUGUAGGCAAGGAAAUACACAACGGAUAGUGAAUGGCCAAACUGAAAUGAGAUGUGACCGCAAUAUUAAUUUGGACAAAGGAGCAAGACAAAAAAGCAAUAGGUGAGGUGGAAAGAGAUUUGGACAGGCUCUGAUGGACACGGCAAACAGGCGGAACCAAGGCUUACACUUACACCCUAUCCUGCGGUGUCCUUCCAUGCACAUCUUUCCUCCCAUAUAUGAUGGAAUGAUGGCCGUCCACUCCUAUGAGAAAAGAUCUGGCACUGUACUUGUGGCUACCACGAGGCUGGAGUUGGCUCCCAGUUCCUUAUCUGACACAGCACUGCAUGAGCAGCCUGAGUACAGAAGCUGGCAGGGCCCAGACUCCAAACUAAGCUUUGAGCUACCAGUUUCUUAUUCACGCUGCUCAUGGGACUUAAUUUCAACAGGACUGCUCAGGAGGAACUCAAUUUGGUUGUCCGCCAGUGUGCCCAUGGAAGGUUAGUUGGAAUGUCAUCCAAUAUUGAUAUACCACUUGUUUAAAAACUGCUCAGAGUGGUUUACAUAGCAAAGGAAAUGAAAAUGUGGUCUGUUGUCCCCAAAGAGCACACAAUUUGAGGGGAGGGGCACACAGGUGAGGGUGGGACACAAGGGAGAUACCAGCAAAUAGUCACUGAAAACACUAUGUUGGGAUGAAUACAGCAGAUAAUUGGUAACCCCUGCUAAAUGUAUGAGAAUCAUAACUCUAAAAGUGCCUCUUUGCCCAGUUAGAUUACAAGAUUUUAGAUUAGAUAACAAGAUUUUACAAGGUAUGCAGAAGUCUAAACCUCUCUCUCUCUCUGUACACAUGCACACAGGGCAAGGGAACUGUGAAUCAUGGGGCCAAAUGGCUAUGAAAUGCAACGAGUACAGUCUGUAACUAUUCUUCUGUCAAGCCUAAAUAUAAGAGAUAAGUACAGAACAUAGUCUUCCUAGAUGUGCUGUUGUGAGAUAGGAAGUAAUUUAUCUCUAUGUAAAAAACAUUUCCUUCAAAUGGGUCUGGCUUAAUUUUAGUAGUUCAGUGUCAUUCACUAUACUCCUUUCAUGUCAUUCAAAGGAAACCAAUUAAAACAAACAGGAGGAGUGAAUAGGAUUAGCCUUCGAAGAGAGAAAAACAUUACAUCUAUGUAACAAACUUGGGGCCCUUCCAGAUAGAGGUUUAUUUAAUGAAUGGUCAUUUCAGACAAUUUUGCUAGGCAUCCAGAUGAUGUUCUCUACAUUCUGUGGGAAAUGUGCCCCAUUUCCUACUCCCAUUUCUUUUCAGUCCUCAUUAAUUCUGACUUGAACUCACUAUUGGAACAACUUGCACAAUGAGGAGAGGUGUAGAUAAACCAUAAUGCUACCAGUCUGGGUCUGAAAAGGAGUGGUUUUCUGCCCAAGUAGUGACAUAUCAGAUGAUUGGCUCCCAGGGGCAGUCUUUCCCUGCUUCUACACCAGUAUUACUGCUAUUGUGUAGGGGAGCAUCAGCAGGAGAGAGGGCAUGACCUCAGCUCUUGCCUGUGGGCUUCUCAGAGACAUCUGGUGGGCCACUGUGAAACAGGAUGCUGGUCUAGAUGGGCCUUGGGCCUGAUCCAGCAGGGCUGUUCUUACGAUCUUACCCUGUGUUUUUAUUUUUAAAAAAUAAGUGAGUUUUUUUUUUUAAGUAAAAGCCUGCUCCUAUUCAUGUUUACUCAUUGGAAGAUAGGGGGCCCCUCUGGGAAGAGCAUUUGCAUGCUUGCAUGCAGAAGGUUCCAGGUUCCCUCCCUGGCAUCUCCAAGAUCAGGCUCAGAGAGACUUCUGCCUGUAACCUUGGAAAAGCUGCUGCCAGUCUGUGCAGACAAUACUGAGCUAGAUGGACUCAUGAUCUGACUCAGUAUAUGGCAGCUUCCUAUGUUCCUCCCAAGACGUCAGGGUGGGAGGUUUUGGGAAAGGAGUACAGCUAUGCAUCAAUUUCAGAGUGAUAACGGGGUGGGUUUUUUAAAUGGUUUGUCCUGACUGCUCCAACUAAAAUGUUUUAAAUGGCAAAAGGUCAAGCCUCAAAACAUUCAAGUGUGCCACAGCCACUGACUACAACCUAUGUGGCCUUUCCUUCAUGCUGCAAUGUCUACCCAAUCCACCUCCACCUCCUCGCUCUCUGCUCCCCAUUAUGUUCCCCCCACAAGCAUUUUAAUUUUAAUUUAAUAAUAGCAGUGUGUGUGCUAUAUGGUUGUGGUAGCAGACAGAGUGGAAGAGCAGCAGUUUAACAUAAUAUUUUAAAAGGAGGAAACGGUGGUCUCAGCAGCACAAUCGACUCAUACUGAGAAGUAUUACUCAUACACAUACUGAGAAGUCAGUCCCACUAUGUCCAUUGGGGUUUAAGCCCAGGUAAGUGUGCAUAGGAUUGCAGUGAUGGUUGGGUUGGAGGAAACUAUUUCAGGAAGUGAGUAUAAGGAUCAGCAACAAUGUGCAGAGAACCAGGAGACACUCGAAGCCACAUCAGGCAUGUUUUAUUUUUGUUGCUUCCAUUCCAGAGGGUGUGUGUGGGGGGGGGGGAUGUGUGCUUCAGAUGUUUGGUAAAGCUGAAGGGCUUGACCACAGAAUUAAUUUUAACAAAUGAGACAGUCUUGGUGGGGACAGCGGGAGGGAUGGGCAAGGCAGCGGGAGGGACAGACAGCCAAUGCCUCACCCUGUCAUUGGCAGGACCUAUCCAGACUCCAUCUUGGAGGAAACCCUUUCGGGGUGGGGGGAGGGCAUACCUCAGCCAAAAAAACCCUUAGCCCUGAUGAACGCCUGGAGCAGAAAGGUUGGCCGCCUUGCAGUUGGUCCCUUGAAGGAGCCCUGGAGCCCCCUUUCUGUCCUAGAAUCCCUUUUGUCACCCCUGAAGUGACACCCUGCCAGGGCCAAACUCCAGCAGUGGAGGUGAAGUGCUCCCCUGGCUGCUCAGGGCCUCCCUCCCUGUGGACCACUGUUCCUUCUAACAGGGAUUCCCAGAUGUUGACUACAGCUCCAGGAUCCCCAGCUGCAGUGGCUUUUGCUUGGGAAUUGUGGGAGUUGUAGUCAACAACAUCUGGGAAUCCCUGAUAGAGGAUGUGAACCCAUUUGGGAUGUCCCAGCUCAGACACCUGAUUUAAAUCGGGACUGGCCUGAACCCCAGGGUCAAGCAGGAUUCCUGUCUCCUUCAUAACUUCUCCAUUUGCAGCCAGCCUUGGUUGGUUCAACAGCUCCAUCCAGUGAGCUCUUCAGUCCGACUUGCUGCCAUGCCAGGGCUGCGCAUGGGUGCGUGCGCACACACACAUACACACCAGUGUGGACAGACAAUAAUGACAAGAGUGUACAAAAGAACCCACAAGUUGCGUUUGUUAAAUAAAAGUUGCUUUGGGAGGAAACUCUUUGGAAAAGGAGAAGCAAGGAAAUUGUAAAAUGCAAGCUUUAUUUACUCAUAAAAUAAACAAGAACACCACUGUUGUUAUUCCUUGUG